AUGAUUUCUUCCGACGUGAUCAACACUAUAGCGGCCCAGCACCCGCUGGGUAAUUCCAAAAACUCCUCUGUGAAACAGAGACCGUUCCAAGCCUGGAGUGCACUCGAUGAUGUGAAAAACAAGGCGGAUAGCAUCGCCAAUGAGGCUAGCCGGGAGUUCAAUGUCGCUAGCCAGAAGGCCCAGGAGAAGACGGGCAAGAUUCAGCCUGGCUCUAUGAAGUAUUAUGCGGCUUGCACAUUUGGUGGGAUGUUGGCCUGUGGCCUCACCCAUACCGCCGUGACUCCUCUCGAUCUGAUCAAAUGCCGUCGGCAAGUUGAUCCCAAGCUUUACCAAAGCAAUAUACAGGCAUAUCGUACAAUCCGAGCAGCGGAGGGUAUUCGCGGCGUUUUCACAGGCUGGAGUCCUACCUUCUUUGGUUACAGCGCCCAAGGAGCUUUCAAGUAUGGAGGAUACGAAUACUUCAAGGUCUUCUACAGCGACCUCGUCGGCCAGGAAAAUGCGCACCGUUACAAGACUGCCAUCUACCUGACGGCCAGUGCCUCUGCCGAGCUCAUCGCCGAUAUUGCGCUGUGCCCAUUUGAGUCUGUCAAGGUGCGUGGUCAGACUACCAUUCCGCCCGAGAUUAGGGGUACGUUCAGCGGCAUUUCGAGCGUCGUUGCUAAGGAAGGCGUUGCUGGUCUGUACAAGGGACUGUACCCACUAUGGGGCCGUCAAGUCCCCUACACCAUGAUGAAGUUCGCUUCCUUUGAGACCAUCGUUGAGAUGAUCUACAACACCCUGCCUGGCCAGAAGUCCGACUACAACAAGGGUGCCCAGACUGCCGUUGCCUUCACGGGCGGUUACCUCGCUGGUAUCCUGUGUGCUGCUGUCUCACAUCCUGCUGAUGUCAUGGUCAGCAAGCUUAAUGCCAAUCGACAGGCCGGUGAGGCCUUUGGUGCUGCUAUGAGCCGUAUCUAUGGUGAUAUUGGCUUCCGCGGACUGUGGAACGGCCUGCCCGUUCGUAUCGUCAUGAUCGGUACUUUGACUGGACUGCAAUGGAUGAUCUACGACUCGUUCAAGAUCUUUAUGGGUCUCCCUACCACCGGUGGCGCCAGCGAGGAUAAGAAAAAGGCGAACUAG